AUGGCACCAUUCCCAUCUUUCACAAAGACUUGGCAUAGUUCAAGCUAUCCAGCUAUUUCACCGUCUCGUCCUGAACUUUCCUUAGUUGGUAAAUCUGUAAUCAUUACAGGAGGCGGCUCAGGAAUCGGUCUCGCAAUCACAAAAUCUGUCGCUCAAGCAGGAGCAUCACACAUUGUUAUUCUCGGCCGUCGCGCCGAAGUCCUCGCCAAGGCCGCAGCCACUGUUCAUGAGCUCGUCGGAAACAAGACCAAAGUUCACACAAUCAGCACUGAUGUCUCGAACAAGGAACAAGUCGACCGAGCAUUUCGAAAAAUCCAUUCCGAAAUUGGCAAGCCUCUGGAUAUUCUGAUCCUCAAUGCCGGAUUCUACUCCGGUAUUCGGCCACUAGGGACUGAGACGGUCGAGGAGUGGCAGACAGUAUUCAACAUCAACAUCCUGGGGCCAUAUCUUGUUUCAGCGGCUUUCACCUCAAACGCAGCUCCAGAUGCAACUAUCGUGAACAUCUCGAGCGCGAUUGCCCAUCUUGACCCAUUCCCUGGAUUCGCAUCAUAUGCCGCGACAAAGCUGGCUGGCUCCAAAAUCAUGCAAUACAUGCAAAAGGAGAAUCCAGGUAUGCACGUUGUGGAUGUGCAUCCUGGCCAAGUGAGGGAGACAGACAUGGCUGGCAAGGCGACUGGAGAGCUUUAUGAUGAUGUAUCACAUAUUGAUGAUGCUGAGCUGGCAGGUAACUUUGUCGUUUGGGCUACUAGCAAAGAGGCCAGGUUUUUGAAGGGGAAGUUGGCUUGGGUGAAUUGGGAUGUUGAGGAGUUGAAGGACAGUGCAAAGGAAAUUGAAAGUACGAGGGUGCUGAGCUUGGGUCUUGAAGGCUUUUAUCCGGGCAAGUACUGA